AUGCAUGCAAAAGAAGAAAUAGAAAUGAAUGAGUUCUAAAUUGAAGAUCCAUAAGAACUAUCAAUAGAAGAGCAAAUCUCUGAGAAAAUGAAACCUGAAAUUUCUAAUUCAGAACUAAAAGCCAUUAUAAGAUUCACUAUGUUGUAUUUUGUUAUUGGAAUACCGGCUGGAUUUUAUGCCUCUUUGACUCUCCUUUUAUAGGGUAGUGGCAUUUCAUCAGGCUAGAUGGGUAAAGGAAAUGAAUUAUAUUCUAGCUUUUUGGGUUACUAGUCUUUAUCCAUUAUCUUUCAAAUUAAUCUUGGCUCCCUUUGUUGAUAGUUUCUAUAUAAGCAAAUUUGGAAAGAGGAAGACUUAUGUGAUACCAUCCUUAUAUAUGCUUGGUUUUACAUUUUUAACUUUGGCAUACAGUGGAUAUUCAUUAUGGAUUGAAAACCUUAAUUUGUAUCCUUUGUUUGGAUUAACCAUAUUACUUACAGUCUUAUAAGCAUGUGCAACAAUAGCAACUAAUGGUUGGGUUCUAACAUCCUUUUCAAAACAUUAUGUACAUUUGGGAGCAACUUGUUAAAUGGUUGGAUUGUCAUUAGGGUAUGUAUUUAGUUAUGCUAUUUUGAUGAAUAUCACAUCAUCUUACUUUUGUCAUUAAUAUUUAGGUUUAGACUAACCUAUCAUAUCAUUAAACUCAUACACAUAUAUUCUUGGAUCAUUAAUUUUAUUUAUAGCUAUUAUAACUUAAUGUUUUGUUACUGAAUAUCAUGUAGAAGAAGAAAAGUCUAAUUUUACAUAAGUUUUAAAAUUAUCAUUUUCAUUGUUAAAUAAUUCAAAUUUAAGAUUUUUAUUACUCUUUUUAUUAACAAGAAGAUUUGCAUUUGCACCUGUAAUAGCUUCGACUUCAUUAAAUUUAAUUUAAAUGGGUUUUCCAUAAUCUGAAUAUGCAACUAUUGAAGCAUUAUGCACUACAUCUUGGAUAUUGAGUUCUUUAUUAGUUGCUAAAUACUUAUAAAGAGGCAGAGAAAUGACUUGGGUCUUAAAUGCUUAUUAUCUUAUGUUUUUAGUAAUGGGUGCUCAUUUUGUUUAUGUCAUUAGCUUCAUUAAAAUGGGAGGUUAUAACAAUUUUACUCAAACUCUUUAUGUAAUAUAUAUAAUCUAAGUUAGUUUGUACUAUAAUAUUUAUAUGAAUUCAAUAAUUCAUUUAUUUCCUGUACAUUGUCAGGAUUUUUUUUGAGAAUUGCUGAUCCUGCAAUUGGAGGAACCUAUGCUACUUUAUUAUUUAGCAGUUAUUUGUUUGGAACUUAGUUUUCAGCAAGUGUUUCAUUAUUUUUAUUACAUUUACUUCCUUAUAAAACGGUAGUGCUUUUAGGAUGGUUAUAUGGAUUGAUUUACUUUACAGUUAUCAAAGAUAAAUUAAUGAAAUUGCAAUUGUAAAAAUAUAGUUUAUAUUCAAAAAUAGUUUUGACUUAAAAUCUUGGAAGGUCAUGUGA